AGUCAAUGAAAUUUAUCCUGAUCAUAUUGUGUUUGAUAAUAUUAUUUCUUUAUGUAAGAAUUGUCAGCGGCUUCAAUCUUGUCAGAAAAAAUGUAAAUGUAAAAUUGAAGUUUAUAUUCAAUUUUUUAAUCAAUUAAUUCAGUAA